GGGCCCCGGGCGCCGGCCCAGGACCAGCAGGGCGCGUCCCUGGGCGUGGGGAGGACCCCGCGGGAGCCCUGGGCCUCCCGCGCCAAGGGCUUCAGCUUCACCCCUCGGGAGGUUUCCUUUCGGAAGCCCACCACCCGCUUCAGCCUCGGCCACAAGGUGUCCCACCGCCUGUCGCAGCUCUCGUCCGUUCCCGGCGGCUCGCGCCUCAGUGUCUUCAACGAGCUGGCGAAGAUGGGCGACCCGGACCUGCUGGAAAUGGUGGAGGAAGAGUUAAGAAGCCUAGAUGCUCGCAGUGCUCUCCAAGGGGGUGAGAGCAUGAGCAGCGGAGAGACCAGCUUUCUCAUUGGUGAACAGACCCUGCCCGCAAAGAGGUUCAAUUUGUUCCUGAGGCGGCGUCUAAUGUUUCAAAGACUGGAGCAAAGCAAAGACUCAGUCUUCUUCAGAGACGGGGUCAGACAGAUUGACUUUGUGCUUUCCUAUGUGGAUGACAUAAAGAAGGACUCAGACAUAAAAGCAGAAAGAAGAAAAGAGUUUGAACUAAAUCUCAGAAAAACUGGCCUUGAGUUGGAAAUUGAAGACAAACAGGACUCAGAGGAUGGAAGAACAUAUUUUGUAAAAAUUCAUGCCCCUUGGGAGGUCCUGGUGACCUACGCUGAAGUGCUGGGGAUCAAGAUGCCCAUUAAGGAGAGCGACAUCCCACGUCCCGAGUGCACAUCCCUGAGCUACAUGCUGGGGCCUGUGAAGCUCCCGGCCACAGUGAAGUACCCUCACCCCGAGUAUUUCACUGCCCACUUCAGCAGACACCGGCAGGAGCUCUUCCUCAUCGAAGACGAGGCCAGCUUCUUCCCAUCCUCAGCAAGAAACAGAAUUGUGUACUAUAUUCUGUCGCGGUGUCCUUUCGGAGUAGAAGAUGGGAAGAAAAAGUUUGGGAUUGAAAGACUGCUAACUUCGAAUACCUACUUGUCUGCCUAUCCACUCCACGAUGGCCAAUACUGGAAGCCAUCAGAGUCUCCCAACCACGUCAAUGAAAGGUACAUACUGCGACAGAACUGGGCUCGCUUUUCCUACUUUUACAAGGAGCAGCCAUUAGAUUUGAUUCGGAAUUAUUAUGGAGAAAAAAUUGGCAUCUACUUCGUGUUCCUUGGGUUCUACACAGAGAUGCUGUUCAUCGCAGCCGUGGUUGGCUUGGCUUGUUUCGUGUAUGGCCUGUUCUCUAUGGAAGGCAACCCCACCAGCACUGAAAUCUGUGACCCUAACAUCGGAGGUAAGAUCAUCAUGUGCCCACUCUGUGAUGAGGUGUGUGGCUACUGGAGGCUGAACUCAACCUGCUCGGCUUCAAAGUUUUCCCAUUUGUUUGAUAAUGAGUCAACAGUGUUCUUUGCGAUAUUCAUGGGAAUUUGGGUCACACUGUUUCUGGAGUUUUGGAAGCAGCGACAAGCCCGGCUGGAGUACGAGUGGGACCUGGUGGACUUCGAAGAGGAGCAGCAGCAGCUACAGCUGAGACCUGAGUUUGAAGCUAUGUGUAAACACAGGAAACUGAACACCAUGACAAAUGAGAUGGAGCCAUACAUGCCCCUCUGCCAUCGCAUCCCAUGGUACUUCGUGUCCGGAGCCACAGUCACCUUGUGGAUGGCCCUGGUUGUCAGCAGCAUGGUGUCUGUGAUUGUGUACCGCCUGUCAGUCUUUGCCACGUUUGCCAGUUUCAUGGAAAGUGAGACAUCCCUGCAGCACGUCAAGAGCUUCUUUACCCCCCAGCUGGCCACCUCCCUCACCGGGUCCUGCCUCAACUUCAUCGUCAUCAUGAUCUUGAACUUCUUUUAUGAAAAGAUAUCUGCCUGGAUUACCAAAAUGGAAAUCCCUCGAACUUACCAGGAGUAUGAGAGCAGCCUCACGCUGAAGAUGUUCCUCUUCCAGUUCGUGAACUAUUACUCGUCCUGCUUCUACGUGGCCUUUUUCAAGGGGAAGCUCGUGGGCUACCCGGGGAAGUACACUUACAUGUUCAGCAAGUGGAGGAGCGAAGAGUGUGACCCUGGUGGCUGUCUGAUCGAGCUAACCACUCAGCUGACCAUCAUCAUGAUUGGGAGGCAGAUUUUCAGCAACAUCCAUGAAGCUAUUUACCCCUUGGUUUUUAACUGGUGGAGACGACGGAGAGCACGCACCAACUCUGAGAAACUGUACAGUCGCUGGGAGCAGGAUCAUGACUUGCAGAUUUAUGGGCAGCUUGGCCUAUUCUAUGAGUACCUGGAAACAGUGAUCCAGUUUGGAUUUGUCACACUGUUCGUGGCCUCUUUCCCACUGGCUCCUCUUCUCGCUCUCAUAAACAACAUUGUGGAGAUCCGAGUUGAUGCCUGGAAACUGACCACCCAGUACAGGAGGCCUGUAGCUGCGAAAGCACAUAGCAUCGGUGUCUGGCAAGACAUCCUUUAUGGCAUGGCCGUCCUUUCUGUUGCAACAAAUGCUUUCAUUGUUGCGUUCACAUCGGACAUCAUUCCCCGGUUAGUUUACUACUAUGCCUACUCUAAGAACAGCUCGGAACCCUUGAAAGGCUACGUCAACAACAGCUUGUCAGUGUUCCUCAUUGCCGACUUCCCCAACCACACCGUGCCUUCAGAAAAGCGGGACUUCACCACUUGCAGGUACAGAGACUACAGAAAUCCUCCUGAUCAUGAGAACAAAUAUGUCCAUAACAUGCAAUUCUGGCAUGUUCUUGCAGCCAAGAUGACCUUCAUCAUAGUGAUGGAACACAUUGUGUUUUUAGUUAAAUUUUUGUUGGCCUGGAUGAUACCCGAUGUUCCAAAAGACGUUGCCGAGAGGAUCAAGCGAGAAAAACUAAUGACUGUCAAGAUCCUCCACGACUUUGAGUUGAACAAGUUGAAAGACAACUUGAGACUUAAUCCUGAUGAGCUCAACAAGCAAGUCAUGAUUGAAGGAAACAAGGUGGAGCUUGUGAAUUCCAUGCUCUGACUGGCAGAGUGGCUGGCCACGGGGUGGCCUUCAGGAUCCACCUCUCUGGAUUUGGGUCGAGAGGCCAGGAGCCAUCUACAAGUUUUCUCUUUUGUUUUAUUAUUGACUCAGAGUUUGUAUGCACGCUUAUAGAGUCCAGUGUUACCAGGCCAGAGGAGCACCAUCUUCAAGGCCUCCCCCGAGGACAUUGUUUCUGGGGCCUCACAAAGGGUUGCUGACAGUGCAAGUGGGUAGAAUCUGGGAAAUCAUGCAGUGUUGCCAUUCAGAAUGACUCCCUGGAUUUUGGAACCCCUCACUCCCCAGGGCACCUGCACUUCUUUCCAUCAAGAAAUGUGUGACACAAAGAAAGGCAGCAAAGGCCCACCACAUCAUGUACACUCCGCCGUGUUCAUUACAGCACACGAUGAAGAGCCAAAAUCAGGUGAAAACAAGAGCUUUCACUUACUAACUGGGUAGUUGUCAUGGGAAGAGUUUACUCCUGAAAUUGUCCUGCUGAAUUAACUCCCAUCAGAAUCCCUAAUGGGCCUCCAGGUUAAUGCAAGUGGCUCAGUGAGUGUGUUUGAGAGAGUCCAGCCAGCUUUGCCAGCGCGUUUCCCCUUUGUCAGCAAUGGUGGCAAGGGCAUGCAUUGUCUUGUGCAGAAAUAGCAGUGCCAAGGUCUUGGAUGCUCCAGGUCUCCUAGUACCUGAAAGAUGCUGUGAAACGUAGGUGCGUUUUCUUACUACUUAAGAAAUGUGCAUCAGUUAAUUUACCCACUUUAUAAAGUGUUUGAAUUGUUUCACCUUCUGGAAUGUUCUGCAUCAUGAAGCCUUUUUGAGUAUCAGCCAUUUGUAUGCUAGGUACAAAGUGUUUAUGAUGUGGUCUCUUUGCUCUAAAGAAACCCAAUCUUUUACAAAGUUUACAGCCUUUUCACACUGAUGCAUCCCUUCCCACAAUGACCAGUGCCUUGUUCCCAUGCCUUUGGCGAGUGAGAAAAUUAUAUGGUUGGCUGUUAGAAUACAUCAAAUAUACAUUGUUCCAGAAGAACUGCCAGUAUUGAACCCACAGAGUUUAACACAAAGCGCUAAUCAAGAAAAGUAAGGGGAUUGACUUGAUAGUUAAGUGAAAAUAUAUGUUUAACUCUUACAAAUUUGGGGUUUUGUGUAUGUACACUGAUUUUUAUUGCUCACUGAACAAAAUAUUACAUGUGCCUGUAUGUAAAUUAGCACUAGAGUAAGAGGUGCAGUACUUGAAACUUUGAUUGUAAAUUACAGUUCAAUUCCAAGGGAAUUUUUUUAUUACAUACAUACAAAGAAAGUGUACCACAUGAUGUGUAAGGUGACAUCAUGUUAAUGCUAAAAGAUCCUCAUGAUGUUGCCAAUGUUAUGGUUUCAACUAUGGUCACUAAUAAACAUUUAAAACUAGGGAUUAAGGAUUUAUAAAACUGUUCUGUUAUCCACUGGGUAGACUUUAUGGACAUUUAGUGAUCACUUGAAAUCAUAACUGAGAGGAGAUUUUAUAUCUCUUGCUAAAGAAAACCUAGUCAGAGUUACUAGAAUAUGAGCCACAAAUACACUGUGGUUGGCAUGUCAGGUCACCUACAGUGUGAUUGGCAUGUCAGGUUAUCUGUGGUGUGAUUGGCAUGUCAGAUCAUCUGUGGUGUGGUUGGCAUGUCAGGUCAUCUGUGGUGUGGUUGCCAUGUCAGAUCACCUGUGGUGUGGUUGGCAUAUCAGAUCACCUGCAGUGUGAUUGGCAUGUCAGAUCAUCUGUGUAAUGAGUGAUACAUCUGGUCAUCUGUGAUGUUAUGGGGCUGCACCUUGCACAUGGGACUUACUGCUUUCUUCUUGGGUGCUAAGGAAAAAGCAUGGUUUCUUGGAAAUACGCUUUAAUUUUUAUGGCUUAAAAGUAUUAUGGAAGUAGACUAUAUGAAAAAGACAAAAUUAACUCAUGAAAUUAUCUGUACACUGCAGCUUGUGCUGAGUCUUUAGAGUAAAGGGAGAAUCUAAUGAAAGAGUAAAUUGUUCAGAAAACAGUUCUCAGGAUUGCUUGGUGUUUUCUUUUAAAACACCAUUGUUAAACACUUUCUUUGUAAUCACCUUGCAAUUUUCUAAUGGCUAGUUUCUCUUUGUUUUAUAGAUUUUUUUCCUCCUUCAAAUGCUAGUAUUGCUUUCCAGGAAGUUGGCUAGCCAGAGUCAGGAACCCAAGUGAUUCAAGUGCGUGUGUCACAUCUAAUUAAAUGCACUCAUUGGUGCAAGAGGGCUAAGGCGGAAGUGCCUGCCCACCAGGGAUGUGUGCCAUUGACAGGCUUGGCUGUGGCUCUUAUGUGCCAUAUUGAAGGUGUUGUUUAUUUUUAUUUUAAGUAAUAGUCCAGGAGACAUUUGAAAUCAUACCUGAUGUUGUAAUUUUAAGUGCCAAAUCCAAUAUCAGGAGGCUCUUUGCACAUUUCCUCUGUGAUUACUACCUUCAUCUUUUUACUUUUAUCUUAUGUACACAAAAAGCACAAUCCUUCAAACAGACUCCAUCGAGAUACGGUUGUCCUCAUUAAAUGAAAUGCUGCCGUGAUGUUGCUGCACCUCUGGACUUCUCUUGGGUUUAAUCUUCACUUACCCUCCUUCUUUCAGCCUUGCAGUUCAGAGGAGAAGCAGAGGAGAAUUGAGGGAGAAAAGAGAGUCCCUUCCUUUGAGUCCUUUGAGUGAUUUUUCUGGAUGCAGCUGUGGGUGGGAGGAGGCGACUCUCUUCCCUGUGACAUUUAAGAAGGGUGAGAAAGGACUUGGAGACAUGCCAAACUGGCAGUUGACAAACAUUUCUAGAGUGAUCCCACUCUUGUGGAGAGGAGAAUUGGUGCCUCUUAUACAGGAGAAUUGAUUGCUUUGGAAGAUCCUCUCUUAUAUUCCUUUUAUUUUGGUAGUAGUUACUAUGUAAUUUUUUUUUUCCAGGCUUUGGUGUCAGCCACAACAAAUCAAAUAACUAUCGUGUUACUGUUUUUCUAGACAAAUUUUAUCUUCUACUUUUCUGUGUAGUAAUCAAACCGUGACUGUUACUCCAGCAUUAUGUAAAAAUAAAUGAGAAUCUUA